AAGCAUGCGCCAGUGCACGAAGACAAUCACGUCUGUACUACGCGUAAAGAAAUAAAUAAGGCAGUGAUCAGGUGCAAUUAACCGAUUGGCAGGAAGUGUGUGGUGUAGUGGAAUCAGACGGUUCUUUUUUAGUAAAAGCCGCCCAGUUGAAAUUCUUCCGAAAACAAUGAAAUCAUAAAACAGUUUAACGGCUAAUUGAUUACUGUUUUUUUCAUUCUUAAUACGCGUCGAUCACGGCAGACAUGGAUGAAAAUUUGAGCCGGGGCUACGUACAGUUAGGGAAAGCGAGGGGCAUGAACGAAUUCAAAUUUUCCAAUGGAUUCACUCAUCUGUCACCGCCUGUUGACAAAUGCAACUUCAUCUACUUCGCCCUUAUACUUGGCGGCAUAGGAUUCCUCUUGCCGUACAACAGUUUCAUCAUAGCGGUGGACUUUUUUCAAGCGAGGUAUCCCGGAACUACUGUAAUAUUCGAUAUGUCAGUUGUCUACAUUAUCAUGGCCUUUUUCGCGGUUUUUGCAAAUAAUAUUUUGAUCGAAACAUUGUCCCUAAACACACGGAUAACAUUUGGAUAUCUGGUAGCCUUCGUCACCUUAAAUUUUGUUGUGAUUUCCGAGAUCUGGUGGGAGCCUUUUAACGUGGCUACUUCUUACACGAUUAAUUUAGUCGUCGUUGCAAUAGUAUCGCUGGGCUGUACCGUUCAACAAUCGAGCUUUUACGGAUACACUUCCAUGCUUCCCAGUCGAUACACGCAGGCGGUGAUGAUUGGAGAAAGCAUUGCUGGCCUUUGGGUAUCAAUCAAUCGAAUAUUAACGAAGUCUUUGCUUGACGAUGAACGUAGCAACACAUCCAUGUUUUUCGUUUUAUCGAAUAGCACGAUUCUAAUGUGCUUCUUACUAAACCAAAAAGUUCGCAAGACUGAUUUCGUGCAGUUUUAUAUAACAUUAUGUCAAGAAAGAAAUCGAAUUACAUUAGAACCGACGGAAGAUGUUGGUUUGAUGGAUCCAUUGGAUCAGGUCGGGGACCCUUCGAAAGGUCAGUAUGGGGUUCUAAAGAUUCAGACUAGUCCUUUAGGAAAUGAAUCUGCAAGUGGAAACACCGAGCUAAAUGGAACAAAUCAGUAUUCACCAUUCUCAUUCAGUAACCCAGUAUAUGAACCUGGCGCGCCAUCAGGAAAUCCUCCUGGUAGCGCUGGUCCUACAUACAAAGUUGAAGAUGUAGUUGUUAUGAGAGGAACGUAUGGAACUCAAACUAGUAAACCGUGGUCUGAAAUCAAAAAGGGUUUUCUUGCAAGACUUGAAGUGGCAAAGAUAAUAUGCCCAUAUAUGGCUAGUAUUGGUCUAGCAUACUUUGUAACACUUUGUUUGUACCCUGGAAUUAUGUCAGAAAUUAUUUCUUGUGAGCUUGGAUCAUGGAUGCCGGUAAUUUUGAUGACAGCGUUUAAUGCUUCUGAUGUAUUGGGCAAGAUACUUGCUUUGAUUCCUUACGAUUGGAAACGUACCCAGUUACUAUCAUUUGCGAGUAUUCGAGUUAUAUUGAUUCCUUUAUUUCUACUUUGUGCAUUACCUAGAAGUACUCCAAUAUUUUCUGGAGAGGGAUAUCCAUUGCUACUUUCUUGCUUGCUUGGCGUGACAAAUGGCAUCGUUGGAUCGGUACCAAUGAUGCAGGCACCUACAAAAGUACCGGAGGGACAUCGUGAAUUAGCAGGGAAUAUUAUGACUUUGUCAUAUACUACAGGUUUGACAGUAGGCUCGUUAUUCGCAUACAUACUGGAUACUCGUUUCGAGCUACCAGUCCAGUCGAAAGAUGUAUGCUUUAAUGCAUUAAAUCCAUCAGUAAUGCCACUUAAUAAUACAACACCAAACAUUUUAACAACUAUUAUGUCUUCCGCAUUACCCACGUUAGAAAACGUUACACCAAAGGUAAAAACUACUGUAACUGUCUUGUCAACUAUUUUAACAUCCACUUUGAUGUCUAAUAAUACUACCGUUAGUACAUUAACUACUGGUGUGAUGGAAGCAUCCACAACUAUAUCCCCGAAGAUGUUUGUUAACGUUACCGCUUCAGUUAAUAAUGCAAUUUUACAACACUAGGAUACGCACGUUUGUGUGCUGUGUUGAAUCUGGUGCUUUAUCUAAAUAAUUUUAUUCAAAUAAUUUAUUAUGAUGUAGAAUCUUAUUUAUUGAUUUGUAGAUUAUAAUUAUUUAUUGGUUUAAAUUAUCGCAGUAUUUUCCGUACAAAAUGAUACCAAUAAGUUUGUAAAAUGUUAAAGAGAUUUUGAUUCCACAGAACGGUAGUUAAAAUCGCCAGAUUGAACACACACACAAAAAUUCGAGUUCUCGAUCCUUAUGGUUUCGUAAAUAUUGCAGUAAUUAUUUACUCGAGUUUUUAUCGGAAUUUAUUAACGAGUAAAAGAUAUUUUUAACAAAAAGAGUGAUCAGGAGUCAAUAAAACAAACACGGAGUAAUGUUGUACCCACAUUACGUCCAAUAAAUAGUUCUUUUUAACUCCUGUAGAAUAAUUAAGCCAGAAAAAAGCUUUAAAAGUCUUCUUCGAUGAUAUUAUUGUGUCUUUUAUAUAAUUGUGGCUAAUUUUAUAGCCGUCUACUUAUUAAAUUUUAUUGUUAAACGCAAAAAAAAAAGAUUCAAAUAUAUAGCUGUAAAAUUUGUUGCACGCGAGAAGGAGAGCAAAAGAUCUUUUUAAUCCUUAAAUAAUAUGAUGACGAAUAAUCGUAACUCGACAGAGACAAUCCUAAUGCGUUAACUCAUAGUGUUCCUUUAUUUAUUUAGGCAAUUUUAAGAAUUAAGAAAAUAAUAUUUCUCUUAAAGUUUCUGUCUAGAUAAAAAAGAAGAAUCUUCUACUGAAAAUAGUAUUUGACUUCGUAUCAUUUAAGGAUUAAAUCAUAUCCUUCGAUGAGUUGUUUCUUAAUUUAAAACUUGUUAACUUUAUGUUAAUCCUAGAACUGUCCGGAACGACACGAAAAAGAGGGAAAUUAUAUCCAAACGAUAUUCAAAGUCCUUCCUGGUAGUUCUGAGCACUGUACUUGUUAGAUCAAUGGUUGAGACGUAGCAAAUUUACGCGAUCUAGUUAUCGUGCAAGUAUAUUCUGUAAGAGAUUGUUAUAUGUCUGCGUGAAUAGUUAAUAAUUAUAAAUGUAAGAUAUAUAUACUUACAACAUACUUCCGUAUGAAACGAAGAAAACGAUGAAAAAAGAAGAAAAGCAUGUGUUUUUUUCGAGCGCGUAGUUUUUUACCUAAGUUAAUACGCCCAGAAACAUAUCCAUAUUGUUGCGUGGAAAAGUUUAUAAUCAAAUAUUCUCAAUCUUUGUAGCCACUGAAUGAAACUUUACACACUGGAUAGGUACAUUAUGCAAAAGAUCAUAUUUUCACGCGUUGUCAUAUAGAAGUUAAACGUAUAAUUAAAAAAGAGAAGGAAGGGUAGAUUCUUUACCAGAAUUCUUUUCACUAUUUCUUUCUUAACGUUUGUUUUAUAUUAAAUCACAUAAUGAAGCUCAUCCAAGCUCGUGAAUUAAAUGGACUUAACCGACAAUUUAAAGCUCGGAAGCAUUUUUACGAACGUUCCAACGAUGGAUUACACUUCAAAGUAUAAAAGAUUACAUCUUAAUAGAUAAAUGUAUAUGCGUAAUAUUCACCAAAUGUACCACCCAUCCAAACAGCUUACAGUUGUAUUUCAUAUAUUCAAAAUAUAUCUAGAAAUCGUUUAGAGAUGAAGCAUACACACACACACAAACACACAACACACACAUGAACCCGGGAUUACACGUAAAACAUACACACGUAAGAAUUGUCUAUACAUACCCAUACACACUCAAAUUCGAGGUAAUGCAAAUUAAUCAUAUCAAUCUUCGAUUCGUAUCAUCGAUUCUAUCACAAUUUCUCUUGUACGAUGGUUUGUUUUAUCCGAUCGUAAUCCGGAUGCACAAAACGUCGACACCUUUUUCAGACUCAGUGUGGAGUAAGAUUGUUAAGAUUAGCGGAGAACCGACAAGUCGUUACGUACAUGUCAUGUGUAUAUCUUUACUCUCAACAUAUCGAGAUAUGGAGUGGGGUUUUGAAAAUUUAUCAAAUAGGAAAAUUUGAGAAAAGUAUUGGAGGAUCUUCAGUACAGGGAAAAAACGAAAACACGGCACGUUCCUUUCUGAGAUAUUUUUUUAUGAGAUGAAUUCCAGUUUUACAAUCGCAUCGUAGGCGAGAAAAGAUAUUUUAGUGGUUCGUUAAGCGACUACGGUAUAUUUUUUAUUGCCCUUUCAUUAGUAUCGUAAACUUGCAAUAUAAGUUCCAUGAUAUAUCUGCUAAAACCUAUGUCAGAGAAAAGAAACGAAAAGAAAAAAAAAAUGCACGUGGGAGAAAGAUACUCGAAAGGUCGAACGUAAUUAGGGGAAUUUAUACGAGGAUUACUAAAAAAAUCGUAAUAGAAUUAUGAAAUGAGUGAUGAGGUAUGAUUAUGAGUGUACAGUAUAAGAAUGCUUCUUAAACGAUUGUGUGUAGAAAAUACGGAGAGUCCUUUUGUUUGAUAAUCAUAUUUUUCAUUAAAAUGUAACUAUCCGUAUGUCAGAUACGACAUGGAGUAAUAUUCCGUACAGCCUUUAAUAUAUAUAUAUACUCGUUAAAAGAGUACGUAUACAAAGAAGGGCAGAUGUGAUCAAUUUUUACAUUAGUCUUCUACGUAUCAGAAGUUACUCCACAUCGUAAUUAAUAACAUGUACAAAUAAUAAAUAUGUAUAUAUAUAUAUA